AUGCCCAAGAACAGUGCAAUCAAUAAUUUUCUCGCCAGUCUACAACCGGUGACGGGAGGUCGCUGGCUGGGGUUGACUGACCCGGAUGGAGACGGACAGUGGGUGUUUGAAGAUGGCCAAAUCCUGACGUCAUCCGACUACUCCAACUGGCAACCCAACGACGAGUCCAACGGUUACGGCUGUGUUGGAUUUUGGGGGACAGAGUCCGUAUGGGAUCCAAAAGGCUGCACCAAGCCUAGGGGAUUCAUCUUUUUGAUCGACACGGACCUCCACUGUUCCCUGGGGGACUUCCGCUGCGGUGGAGGCAACUGUAUCCUGCCAUGGCGGCGUUGUGACGGGCAUCCGGACUGCGCGGACGGUAGUGACGAGGAAGAUUGUGUGUGCCUGUUUAUUCCCGAUGGUUUUCGCCUCAACAACAGACUGACAAUGCUACCGAACCAACUUGGGCAGGAGACGUUUGAGGCGAUGUUGAAUUCUUCUCUCCAGGAACUGCUCAACACUUCUAACGGCAUCGGAGAGAACUACCAUCCGGAAUUAGGAUACUUCGUAGCUACAGUCAUUUUCCCACAAUGUAAUGUCUCUCACGAGAGCUCAAGUCACUGCCCUCCGUCACCAGGCACAGACAACACUACAAUAUGCACGGGUUUACAACUGGUACCAUGCCGCUCGUGGUGUGAGGAAGUGCUCAACAUCGCUGAUGACGAAAUAAGGGACCUGAUUCCUGCACGUGAGCUGUUUCCAACAUCACAGGACGGCUGUUGGAACCCUGAACCAACAAAGAGGGCAGACGAAGUUUGCUACCAUGGCAAUGGAAAGAACUACCGCGGAGGUUGGGAUAAAACAGCAUCCGGCGCAGAUUGUAUGGAGUGGUCAACUGAUUAUAAUACCGACGAGUUCUCCUGGGCUAACCUGGACCACAACUACUGCCGCAACCCCGCCGGUCUGAAUCGGCCAUUCUGCUUUACUCAAGACGGUAGCCAGGAGGAAUGUGGCGUCAUCCCAUGUCAUGAGAAUGUCUGCUGGGACAGAGGCCCUCCAAACUACGGCAAGAGAAGUCCAAAGAAAAGGUUCUAUCACGUGGGAGAAGGAGUCACGUAUACGUGCAACGAGGGUUACACCCUGGAGGCAGGAUACGCCAGGGAAGUGAGGUGCACAGAAGAGGGUAUUUGGGAGUAUGACAAGCCCGAUUGUUCGAUUGACCAUAGACGAAAGGUGCAAGAUGAGGUGCUAGAGAUCUACGGUGCAGGUCUGGCUCCUGAGAAUAUUACCAUUAUCUUUAACGGAUCUGUGGGGCAGAUCAUCGACUUGGAUGAAAAGAAUGAGAAGCUCGUCACAUCUGUUGCCAUUGACUUCAAAUGGCAGGACAGUCGUCUGAGAUGGAAUCCAAGGUAUUUUGGUGGCGUCAAGACCCACAGCGUUCUGGGUAGCAGGAUUUGGACACCAACCUUCAUUGUGAAAAGAAAUGCCGACGUCACCUAUCGAGGCCUACGACAAGACGUACCUGUUCGAGUCAGCAGUGAUGGGCAGGUAGCCUGGAGUGUAGAAACCCUGACCACCACCCUGUGUGAUGCAGACCCCUUCUUCUUUCCUGCAGACACCAUGGAAUGUCACAUCUGUUUUUCUGCACACGCUGCUAUUAAGCAAACUAUUGAAUGCCAAGCCCAAGAGGACGGGUCUGAUGAGUGCGACACCUUUUCUGCCGUGACAUCUGAAGGCGAAUGGUACCGAAUGGACAAGGUGUUUGCUAAAGACAACAGGGAAGCGUGCUUUGUUCUCCACCUAGAGAGGGCCCCCAUGUUCCACAUCGCCACUACUGUAGGACCCUGCAUCAUCUUGGUUGUGCUGAUGAGCAUCACCUUCAUCAUGCCCUUAGACAGGGGAGACCGGAUCGCGUUCGGAGUGACCAUUCUCCUGUCCAUGGUCGUCUCCCUCGUAUUUGUGUCAGACGUACUUCCUGUCAAGAGGGUGUUGCCAUUUUUCGCUACGGUGAUCAUCAUCUGCAUGGGCCUGAUGGGAUUGUUCCUGUUUGUCACCCUGGUCAUCAUCGUCAUUCAUGACCGGGAGGGCAGCCUGUCUCCGGCGGCGAAGAUUAUUUUCCUCCGCUACAUGUCAAAGAUGCUGCUGUUGGGUGAUCUGACAGCAAAUAAGGAAGCAGACGAUGAAGAGCCUGGCGUAACCAACCACGCCGCCAUAGAACUGACCAACUGCGCCCAUGGAGCCGAUAACGUGUCGGCGGCCGACCAAGUCAUAUAUUUCGGUGAUGGCAAUGGAAGGAACGAGCAGCCCUCAAAGCCUACAGGGGACCCUACCGGCCGAGGAUCAUCUGGCAUUUCCGAGCUAAACGCCAGCGUUCAAGAUUUGGACAACAAGAUUGAUGAGCUGACCAAGGCCGUGAAGAACGAAGAGAAAGUUUCUGACUACACGCUGCUGGCCAAGGUCCUGGACAGGCUGUGUAUUGUCAUGUACAUCAUCAGUAUCGCAGCAACCGUUCCUAUGUCCAUGUAUUUGGCCAAGUAA